ACGAGCAACACAUACACACGACCUCGUCCCCGAGAGAUGCCGUCGGCUCGCAUUUCAAGUUUUUUCUCGGCAUUCGUGGAGCAGUCGGCGUGUUUGUUACACUAUUCCGAUUAUAUUACGCUCUCGAAUACAAUUACCACCUGGUCGUAUCCGGAUUCACUACCCCGGGAAAUUCCUCGCGUAUCGAAAUCGGCCUAACCUAAUUCGCGGCACCAUAAGUACCAUGACAAAGGGUGGCAUCACUGGGGAACGAACGGAGCCAGCGACGGAGCCGCAACUCUUCACAUGACGCCAUUUUACUAACCUUUUCCGCGCGGAUCGCGACGAGGCAGUCGAAUCAGUUUCGAGCAGCUUUUACACAAGAGAAGGAGGUCCCCAGCAUCCGGAGUAAAGUUCCAUUGCGAGAAAUUGAUUGCGUGAAAACGCACGGAGGAUUUCAAAGAAAGGUGACGCUGAGGCAGUGGCCGCUAUUAUGGAAGAUGAAGACAGCGAAAGUCAAGUUAUGGAAAACUGGUCAGUUCUUGACGAGCUGCAAUACCGGAACUCGACAAUCGAAGAUACCUUAACUCACUUCAACAACAUUAACACCUUUUCCGAUGGAAUCGAAGAUCGAGAAGACAAGUGCCAUACGAUUUGUCCUCCGGAACCCAUUAAUAAAACCCCAGAAGUGAAUUCCAAGUUCAUCUUCAAGGGUUUCAAAAAACGGAUUCUCGCUCAGGCACAGGAGAAUCAAAACACAUUACAGAAACCGGUUCUUCAAGAACAACAGUCAAUCUCGAAAAAUUCAAAAGAUAAAAAGGAUCCAAAGGGUGGGAGGGUGAAUGAGUAUGCUCAGUAUUUAGGACUGCAACCUUCACCAAAUUCGGAUCAGCCUACUCCGAAUUCUGCACUGCAACCCGCCCCUAAUUUGAAUUUCAAACCUGGUCAUUAUUCGAAUUCCCAACCUGGUCAUCAUUCAAAUUACCAACCUGGCCAUUAUUCAAAUUCCCAACCGGGUCAUUAUUCAAAUUCCCAACCGGGUCAUUAUUCUAAUUCCCAACCGGGCCAUUAUUCGAAUUCCCAACCGGGCCAUUAUUCGAAUUCACAAGCGGGCCAUCAUUCAAAUUCCCAACUUAGUCAAAAUUCCAAGCUAAAUUGUCUCAAGUGCCAUUCUACGGGGAAUUCGAUACCGAGGAAAUCUUGUACAUGCUCUUCGACAAUGGUUCCAGUUCAAAACAUGGCAAGCACUUCGGAUCUACCAUCUUCCCAGCUUGCUAAUAAAUUUAAAAUCCAACGGAAAGUUUAUCUUUGCGCAGCCUGUGGAACUUAUUUUGAAAACUGGAAUCUUUUUCUGCACAUGAGGGAUAUGCACCAACGCCAUUUGUGUCUCUUCUGUCUCGGACUUUUUGACCACGCAGAGAGACUUUCCUAUCAUUUAAUGAAGAAUCACAACAUCCCGGAAACGUCCUUCACAUCGGUAGAGGAAUUCUACAAAGCUUUCAAAGGAUCCUGUUAUUUAAUUUGUUGUAGUUGUGAGAAAGUCUUCACGGAGACGGACAAUUUUUAUAAUCACUUUUGCUCGUCACCGCAAAAGGUGCAAGCGUCGGCAAACGUUUGCUCGAUUUGCAGGCAGGUGGAUGGAACCCACAUGACGACUUGUGGUUUAGCGCCGGGAUCUGAUAGUGAAGUGAGUGUGACACCGGGAAGUCCGGAAGACAAUGUUAUUUAUAAGAAUAAAUUACCUGUGAAGGGCGCCUCGAAAAAACAUUUGAGACUAAAUAGGGUAGUAAAUGCGGGAGAAACUUUAGUGAAUCAUUUUCAUGCCAAGGGGGUGGACUUGGAGAAGAAGGGUAGUGCAAAAUUUCAAAAGCAGAGUCAGAAUCGGGAGGUUAGGAAAGAAAUUUUUAACACUGCAAUUACGGAAACGGAGACGCAGAAUACGACGAGGGAUACUGUUGCAGAGACGAUAAUGGAGGUUUCAAGGUAUACCGGCGAAUCAGAGAACAACGAAGAAAAGGUGAAACGCCUUCCCGAAGAAAAGCCACCCGAGUCCGAAGCUCCCUCUAAAUCCCCCGAAAAAGAAAAGUACGACAGUGUGACUGAAACAAUAAUGGAAGUUUCACGAGUCUGCGAGAGUGAAAAGACUUCAAUUUCCGAAGAAGAUGAAGUCGAUUCCGCGAAAAAUACAUGCCUAAACGAGUCAAAAAACACCGUCAACGACGAUUCCAAAGAGGAAGAAAUCAAGUCAUCGAAUCCGAAGAACGAAGAUGACGUCAGAUUAGCAGUCUCUAGUCCCCUAGAUCAGCAUUCAGAUACCAGUGAAGUUAAAAAUCCAGAGCCCGAAGCUCAAAAUGACACACAAGUCGAAUCAGCCUCCAACAGUCCAGCCAGUAGUCCCACACAUAAAUCUCUCUCCAGUCCUCAACAACAUCCCCAAGCCACCGAAUCGCCGUCAAAACCCGAGGAAAAAACGCCCGAACCCGUUCAACGAAUCUGCGACUACCAAUCCUUCAACACAGUCACCAAAACCGACAGGAGUCUCGUCAUAAAGAUCUGCACAAACAAAAACUCUCAGUUCUCAAUCGCGUCGCGAGUUGGUAACAGCAGUGAGAAUCACAACCCAAAUACAGAGUCUGAGGAAAACAAUAAUCGGGAAUCUUCCACUUCUGAGGAAAAAAAUUCCGACCGGGGGAGGGACAGUCCUGAAAGUUUUAAUCUUAAUGAAUGUGAUAGUGAUUCUGACAGUGAGAAACUCGCUGUUGUUGAUAGUAACGCCGAGGAACAAGGAGAAGCCGAUGGAGAACAAGGAUCAAAAAUGGAAAUAGAUGAAGUAAAGGAUGAAGAAAAGGAAGAAAAUCUGGUAGAACCAGCUCCAGAUGCACCAAAACUCGAAGAAGGCGAUGGGAUUGUUCUCGCCGGGGAGGAAAUCCCGUUGAUCGAACUGAACAUUGAAGACAUACCAGAAAAUAUGCAAGCUCAAGACCUUUUGCGGAAAUGUAUUGAAGCAGCGAGUGUUUUCUGCGUCUACUGUAACCAUGCGCGUCAUAUUGCAGUCAAUGGCAAACAGCUAGGUCUCCACAUGCUCAGUGAACAUCGGUUUCAGCCUCAGCAUCCAGCCGUGAUUCUCCAAACCGACCAGGUCAUUUUCAAAAUGAAGAAAUCGAUUGAGGAGUUGGACUCGCAUUGUUUCAACCUUGAUUCCUACAGCACGCCGCACGGAACCUAUCAUAUUCCGAUUCCAAGGAUUUUCGAAUGUUUUCACUGCCGGUUUUAUUCCACUGUGCACAAAGAACUCUACCUUCACAACAGGAAAAUGCAUCAGAAGACUAUUCUCGUUUGCAUUAUGUGCAAAUCGACAUUUUUCAGCUACAGCGAGUUACUCUGUCAUCUUUGCCCAGGAGCUUAUUCUCCAAAUAUCAACGUUAAAUACAGAUGCUGUCUUUGUCCCGUUAGCAAUCUUCCUUCCGCUUUCAGACUGAUGGUCCACCUUCGGAAAAGGCAUCAUGCUUGUGACGUUUGUCUAGAGUCAACUGGAAACCAACAACGACUUUCCAAUCAUGUCUGGAAGCACAAGCUGCAUCAUGUUUGCUACCGAUGCGGCAUCUCUUACAGGAACAAACCCGACAUCACGAAACAUCUAUUCUGGAAACACGGAACAGAGAGUGUCCUCUGUAAAAAGUGUCUGCAGAAGAAGUGGCCACACGUCUAUCAUUUCUGCAUUCCACCGACUGCUUUUGUUUGCGAGGAAUGUAGUUUAACGUUCUCUAAAGCGGUGGCGCUUAAAGUUCACAAGAGACUUCAUUCUGAAGACGUGCCUCAUGUUUGUGUGGAGUGUUCCGAGAGGUUUAUUUCGCAAAAGCUCUUAGCGAAACAUGAGAUGAAGCACAAAGAACCACCAGUGAUUGAAAAACCGACUCCGGCAGAGGAGGAGAUGGUAGAGGAGGAGAAACAUGAGAAGACUGAGGAAGAACAAGUUAACGAUGAACAGAUGGAGAUUGUGAAAGAGGUUAAAGAAGAUGAAUCAAAGAAGAAGAAGGUUGUAGAUCUGUACGACCUCCCGCCUCUAAAUUUAUCAUCCGACAGUGACAGCGAUUCCGAGGAGGAGAAGCUCAAGUCUGAAGAGAAGGAAGAGAAAGAAGAGUCUCAAGAAAGUAAAAUAGAAGAGUCAAUAGAUAAAGAGAAGUGCGAGGAGCAAGAACCAAAGAAAACUGAACUUGUUGAAGAAUCAAUAGAAGCGGAGAACAUUGUUCACGUGGAACUAAACGAAGAAGAGAAGAAAGAAGAGGCACAGAUCAUGGAUGGCAUCUGGGACAAUUUCAAAUCCUACGCAGCUAGUCUUGGAAUUCAAGAAUCAACAUCAUCUCCAGCGAAAGGAACAGACACCGACAUUGAGUUUCUGAAGUCUGUGAUUUUGGCAGAUCACGAUUACUGCACCGUGACUCUGGAACAUGAAAAGUCGCCUAAAACAAAUGAAGAAGAUUACCAAAAAGCGAGGAGUAAAUCUCCAGAGGCUCCGAUUACAGUAACUCCUGUUAAGACCGGAUACGAGCAGGAGGCGAAGAAGAAACUGAAGGCUUCUAAGAAACGGAAACGAAACGAAAGCUCGUCUUCGAGCGACUCUUCGAGUGAUUCCGACUCGAGUAGUUGUUCCUGCGGAAGCAACUGCAGUUGUUCUUCUUCCUCGGGAAGUUCAUCAAGUUCCAGCAGCAGUUCCGACUCGGAUAGUUCCGCAUCUGAAGGUUCGCCGAAGAAGCAGCACAAGAAGAAGGAAAAGAAGAAGUCCGAUGUGGAGCCAGAAGUGAAUCAGACGCAGGAAAACGGAUCUUUUGAGGAAAUUAUAGAACCCGGUGAACCUCCCCAGCCAGUUCUGCGAGAAUCAGACUUGGAAACUGACGAAUCGGAAACUGACGAGGAUUUCUAUGACGAGAAUCCUCAGCUAUUGGCUAACAAACUCUUCGCGGAGAAGAGGAAUCAGCUUAUCUUGUCGACUGCAGUACCUCCAGUUCCUACAGAGCCUGCGCCACUGAACAACGGAAAUGUUCUUGAUACUGACUCUCCUAGUAUUCAGGAAACGAACACUCCCAGUAUCCAGGUGAAGAAGAAGGUGAAGACCAAGAAGAGGAAGAAGGCUGAUAAGGGGAAACAGAAAGUCCCAAUUGUGGAGUCGAUCAAGCUCAACAUUCCCAAAUCCUUUUACGACAACCGACCCGGUUUUCACUCUUCUCCAUCUGUAAUCACCGUUCAGCCGAGCAGAUCUUCCACGCCCAACUUCAUGUCCCAGGAGGCUUUCGACUCGACUCCUAACGUCGCAGGAAGCGGGUCGGAGAAUGAGAAUAAAAGAGCUUCGAAGAGGAAGAGAAUCCCGAAGCGCUUCUAUGGGGAUUCGAGUGACGAAGAGAAUGAGAGGCUAAUGCCAAAGUGGAGAAAGAUGGAACCAGUCUUUACUCCUAAUCCAAUUCCAAGGUCCCAGGUUCAGCCGCAGAUUCAGAAUCUGGCGACGCCACCACCUUACAGUGGAACUACCUUAACUCUGAAGCGAAGUAAUUCGACUUUUAAGGUCGAAACACCAGUGGCGAGUGCUAGUGAGUCGGAAGAACCGGCAGAGAGUAGUAGUGAAUCGGAAUCCGAAGCUGAUGAUGGUCCGCAGAUUCAUUUGCCUCAACAUCUACCUCCGAAUCCGGAACGAGUGGAUAAUUUGUAUUGUUAUUGUCAGUGUCCGUAUGACGAGGUUUCAGAGAUGAUAGCCUGUGACGGAAGUGACUGUCGAAUCGAGUGGUUUCACUUUGAGUGUGUGGGCAUAAUGGUCCCGCCAAAAGGGAAGUGGUACUGUCCGGACUGCAGAAAGAGGCUCGGCAUCCCGGAGGACAACGAGGACUUUGUUUACUCCCAGUAGCGGUACUUUGGGCUUAGAUUUAUCCGAAAGAAGAUAAGAGACUACUUAAAUUUUCUAAUUAUUACUUAAGAUUUUUAUUACCAAGCUCACGCGCUUCUAGGUACCUCCUAGCGUUUCCCUACCUUUUCCUGCUUGGUAAAUGACACUGUUCCAUGUUGAUAUUUUUCGUAAAUUGAGAUAAUGUUUGUAAAUAGAUGUAAAUACUCCCUAGAGUUUAUAAUUGAGUGACGGAAGGUUUUUUGUGUAAAUUUGUUUGUACUUCUUUUAAUGGCGUCAGUGUAAAAUGAAGGAACUUUAGUAAAGAGAAGUAGAGGCACUAAAGAUACUUGAGACUGGGUUUCCUUCAGGGAUUUGAAUUGCGGAGAGAUGAGAAGGGAAUGAGGGCUGAGAGACUUUCAAUUUUCAAGAUUGUUAAUGACUGUCGGCACUGCUGGCAGUGUCUUGGCCUACGUUUCGAUUUAAAGACUACCUUUUUUUCGUCGAUCUUCAGUACUUGGGGUCUACCAAGGAAAAUGAAAACUGCAUUUUUCUCAGAAUCAAGGGUCUAAUUCCGAAAAGUCUGAAAAUUUCGAGGGGUUUUGACCGAUUACUUUUACUAGAAAGUCUUGAAAUGCUCAAGUGACAAAAUAGUUUUACCACUUUUGAUUCCCAAACUGAAAAUAUUUGGCAAAAUAAUGAAAAAUUGAAAGGUUUGGAGUAAAAAGACUCAUAGAAGUGGUUCGUUUUCGAAAAAAUAAAAAUAUGGAGAAAAGUAUACCGUGAAGUAACAGAAACGACACAUUAGAGAGAUCAAGGAUUCUUACAUGUUGAAAUUAUUUUCACAUUUUUAAAAUAUUUUCUUUUAACAACACGUUUUCGAUAGAAAAAAAUUAUCUUUGUCGGAUUCAAUGUUGAAGUUAAAUUAGAGCGAACUCCCUACAUUUUGUUCAUUUUUCCUUAAUUUUCUUGAUAGCUUAAGUACAUUUUCACGAGAAAUUCAACGGGCAUAAGAUUUAUUUUGAAAUAAUUAAAUAUUGUAAAAAUAAUUAUUGUUUACCUACUAUAUUAUUUUGAAAAGCGAUAAAAAAAUUAUUUAAAAAUAUUGUAUGACCCUUGAAUUCCAGUAGAUUUAUUGUAUAUUAUUUCACUAAAAUGUCGUUAAAAGUACGUAGAAAACCCCAAAAUGGUUGAAUAAAAUUUAAGAGAAUUUAAGUAAGUGGUCAAUCUCUCGAAAUUUGCUUAUUUUAAGGAUUUUGAGCCUUGAAAAUGUUGCUGAAAAUUUGAUUAAAUUUGUAUUUUAAACACUCUUCGUUAAAAAGUCAGAUUGUAUUGUGUGUCCCAAUCGGGUUCAAUCUAAAUCUAUCGCUUCCAAUUAGUCAAUAAUUUGCAUACAAGUAUCACAAAUUAAUUAAUUUAAUUUUACACUGAAAAGUCUUUAAACGAUGAUUUAUUGAAAAUAAGCUUUCCAAACUUCGCCAGUGAUCAUGUAAUUAUUUACAAUGCCAUUUUUCUCAGUACGCGAAAGUUUUUGGUUAAUAAAAAUUGAUAAAAAAUUGACUGCAAAAUAUUAAAUUUCAAAUGUUAAGGAAUUAUAAGCUGACGCUUAAAAAAAUUGAAUUUUGAAUGAAAACUUGUACAUUUUUCAUUCCACAGUAUUAAUCGCAGAGCUUUAUACAAAUGAUUAAUUCCUUAAUUAUAUAGAUAUUAAGACGAAAAGUAUGGCGAGACGAAUUUUCUAAAUAGUUUCUAAGAGAAAGGUAUUUAAAGCAAAAAGAAAUAAAGGCGGUUUUCUUUUCUAUAUCAAUUAAAUAUAUACAACUUUUAAUUCUGGUGGUUUUUGAUUGUAAAUUAAUAGGAGUGCAUAAUAUGGUAAUCAAUAACAAAAUGCGAUAGGAAUCGAAAUUUAAAUUUCGAAAAUGAAACAUUCCAAAAUUGUAAAAUAAAAAAAAAGGAUUUCAAUUAUUUUCUCUUUAAAUAAUUGGUUUUGUUUUUCACGUUUAGAAGGCGUAAUAUAGGAAACACGACACAACAUUUUUUAUUAAAUACUUUGCCUAUUACGCUAUAAAGAUUCGUUACACGUUUGAAGUUUAUGUAAAAGUUUCAAUUGUUAUUUUAUUUUUUAAUCAUACUUCACAAGUUACGUGAUUCCUAAUUGUGAAAAACUCUUUGUUGUAGAUCGUUCGUUGAAAACGAAUGUAAUAUUGAUUUUAUUGAAUUUUCAGGUGUUAAAUUUAUUAUCCUUGUUUAGGAAGGGAAGAGUUUAAUUCCAAUAUAAAAUUUUAAUGUAUAAAGUGCAUACUAAAUUUUUUAUUGUUUUAACAAUAUUUUUUAAUAAAAUUUGACUUUGCUAAUUUUAAGAAUUAUCAAAACAGAAAUCAAAUUUCUUAUAGCGUGUAUGCAAUUCUGGAAAACUCUUCCCUUCGAAUCUGUGCUUUAGAAUCGACUAAUUCCAAACAAUAUUUAUGUAUUUGAACAAAUUAGGUUUUUUUCUCACUCAGAAUUUUCAUUAGUGUAGUUUUUAUCUGUAUAAAGCAGAGAAGACGUAGAGUUUGAAUGCAAAGUCAAGUCUCGCCAAAGAAGAUUUUAGAGUAGUUGAAAGUUGAUAUGUUAAAACAAACGACGAUGACAACGUAGGGAAGAAACUGAAAGUUUUCUGCUCAAAGUAUCUAAUGCCAUUUUUUAACGCCGCAGAACGAAGCAUAAAUAGACUUUUUAUAUCUGUAAAAACCGUAGUUUUUUAGGCACUACCUUCGUCAGCCCUCCUCUCCUUUGGCAAUUCGAUUCCCAUGAUGUAUGUGGCAAAAUCUUUGUAAGAUAUACUCUGUACCAUAAAACGAUAAUACAUUAUUCUGAUGAAGCCUAUCUAA